UUUCAGUGUUUUUCCCUGUGAACCAUCCAAAUGUCAUGGAGAAGACACGAUGUGAACUCGCCAUACUGUCUUUUGCUCUGCUGCUUAUUUACCUGCCAGGUAAUCUUUCUGUGGACUUAACUUACCAUGUAAGAGAAGAGAAGGCCCCAUGGACAUACAUAGGGGACAUUACAGUGGAUUCUCAGCUUCUGCAUACUGUGCCCUUUGGGGAGCACAACCAGAUUACGUUUGACCAGCUUCAUGUGAGGCGGUCUAACAGUGUCCAGUUGUUUAAUGUGACAUCGUCUGGCAAGCUGUACACUGCCCAGACCCUCGAUGCCGAAUCCCUUUGUUCUUACAAGAUGGAAUGUUUUAGAAUCAUCAAAAUUGCUGUUCAUAAAUUCCAGACCUUCAUGAAGAUCCUCAAAGUGAAAAUCGUUGUUGAUGAUAUAAAUGACAAUCAGCCUGAGUUUCCAGAGAAACAAAUAAGUAUUGUUUUCUCGGAAGGUGAUGCCAAGGAAAUGGCCAAACCAAUUCCAAAUGCCAUUGACGAAGAUGUGGGGCUUCAGAAUUCUCAGAUUAAAUAUGAAUUGCAGAAAACAGACAAUGAACCAUUUGCAUUAUCAGUGACAAAGAGAAUAACGGGCAGCUACAAGUUGGCCAUAAUCCUGACCCAGAAACUUGACCGGGAAACCAAAGACAAAUACAAUGUGGAGAUUAUUGCUGCAGACAAUGGCCGGCCGGUCAACAGGAAUUCGUUACGGGUUCAAAUCACAGUGACAGACGUUAAUGACAAUGCUCCAGUGUUCACUCAGAACAUCAACAAUGUCUCGAUCAAAUCCACACAUCCAAAGGACCGCCCGGUUGUAAUUCUGUCUGCAAAUGAUCCAGAUUUAGACGAGAAUGCCAAAAUCAAGUUCCAAUAUAGCUCAGAGACUUCUGAUGUGGCCAGAAGAGGUUUUAAACUCAAUUCACAGACAGGAGAAAUAUUUAUGGUAAAGAAUGUCUCAUCAGGUCAGAAAGUGAUGCACAAGUUAUUGGUGGAGGCCCAGGACAACGGCCUGCCACAGUUGAGUUCAUCUGCCAUAGUUUAUAUAAAUAUCAUCAACCAACAGAACAACGCACCUGAAAUUGAGGUGAACUUUGUGUCCGAACUGAAGAAAAACACAGCCAGAAUAUCCGAGGACACCAAAGUCGGUAGCUUUAUUGCUUAUGUCAGUGUUAUUGACAACGAUGUUGGACUUAAUGGGCAAGUGGAAUGUAGAAUUGAGCAGGAUAAUUUCCUGCUCCUUAAUUUAGGGUCCAAUGAAUAUAAAGUCACAUUAAAGAAGCCAGUCGACCGUGAAAUUAAAGAUCGUUACAGUAUCACCAUAUCCUGCCAAGAUAAUGGUUCACCUUCGUUAGUAACCAACAGAAAAUUCGCUAUCCAAGUCACAGAUGUUAACGAUGUCCAACCAAAGUUUACAAAAGAUGUAUUUAAAUUCUUAACUUAUGAAAACGAACGAGCCAACUUUCCAAUUGGGUACGUGAAUGUCACCGACUUUGAUUUAGGCAGUGGUGGUCAGUUGACAUUUGUUCUGUUAAGUGGCAUCAAUGACAACCUUCCAUUCCAAAUAACUGACUACGGUUUUAUUUCAACAACUCAAUCUUUAGACCGAGAAAGACAGGAAAGUUACAAGUUUAAAAUAUUUGUCAAAGACAAUGGAACCCCACCCCUAAACAAUACAGCUAAUGUGGUGGUGGAGAUUUUAGACCAAAACGACAAUGCACCCUAUUUUACUUUCCCUGGGGUCAGCCCUUUCAGCCUUGAUGUCCAUUACCAUCCACAGAGUAAGAACGACAUCACAGUCCUGAGGGCUUCUGACAGAGACAGCCAUGUGAAUUCAUUUCUUAGCUACAACAUGAUUGGAAAUAAUGUCAAACAAUUAUUUAAAGUGAAUCCUUACACUGGGGUUUUGUCUUUUGCACGGCCAGUUUACCAAAACGAUGCUGGAUCCUAUCAGCUGGAGUUUGUUGUGAAAGACAGUGGUACCCCAGUCCUGUCGGCAACAACUAGUAUAUCUUUGACACUGACUGUUAGUAACAAGACAUCACCAAUGCUAGCACCAGUUCACAUGGAAGCUGAUAAUAUGAUUAACAUCACGUGGGUUAUCGUCAUAGUAACAACAGCUGUGGUAGUGUCCGUAGCUGUUGUUAUUACUUUAACUGUUUGUAUUGUCAGGUGUAACAAUCAAAGACACAAUUCCCACCUGGCUGGCAUGAACGCAGCCAUGCCUGCUGCGGGCAGGGAUAAAAGCCAUUUCUUCUUUCAACCUAAAAAACCUAUUCCUGCUACGAUGCUUUCGGCAGAGAUGAGGGACAGGAGUACUCAGCUAAUGGAACCAGAGAGUGAGUUCUACCCACAAUACGAGUCACAGAGUGAAUGGACAACAUCAACAGCAGACAGAAGACAACCAUCGGUAUUACUGUUGCCCACCCGGAUACAGAAAUGUUGAAAAACUGAGACAGUGGGUACCCGCCAUGUACCCCAGAGAUAGCUUUUGGGUAACCCUGGUUUAACUCUAGACUUGUCUAUCCUUCUGGCUGGCAGUGAAAGAUUUACCUUUAGAUAAAGCAAAGGAGAUACGAUAAUUAACAAGAUGAAGUCACACACACACUUUUAUUAAAGCUGGAAAAUUCUUUGUAAACUGUUACUCUGAGUUUCAUGUUGCUUUUCAUUGUUGGACAGUUCUGGUCAUAUAAUUUAUGUAUGUGUAUAUAUAUAUAUAUAUAUAUAUAUAUAUAUAUAUAUAUAUGUGUAUCAAAAGAAAAACAGGACACAAAGG